CAGUCCCCACGCUGCCGGCGCUGCCGGAAGUGGCGGCGCGGGUCCGGACGAGCCGGGUAGCAUGGCGGGUGCUCGGGGCGCGGGGCGUGCGGCGGCCACUGGGACGCGGCCUGGGAAGCGGCCGUCGGAGCCCGAGCCGGAGUUGGAGCCGGAGGAGACCGCCCUCGUCUCCGCGUCGGCUGCCAGCCUCCGGGAUGGCAGUGAUUCUGGCCUGUCUGAGAGCGAGGAGAGCGUGUUCUCAGGCCUGCAGGAUUCCGGCAGCGACAGCAGUGAGGAUGACCCAGCCGAGGGAGAGGAUGGGGCCAGCGGUGAUGACAGCCACAGCAGGAUGGAGGAGACCUCUGGGCAGCAAGUGCAGGCUGGCAUCCCUUCCCCAAGGACAGAGGUGGCGAGCGCGAAGGGCUUCGAAGAGUACGCGGAAGACAGCUCUGAUGAGGAGGACAUCCGGAACACGGUGGGCAAUGUGCCCCUGGAGUGGUACGGGGGCUUCCCCCACGUGGGCUAUGACCUGGACGGCAGGCGCAUCUACAAGCCCCUGCGUACCCGUGACGAGCUGGACCAGUUCCUGGACAAAAUGGACGACCCGGAUUACUGGCGCACGGUGCAGGACCGGACGACGGGUCACGAUGUGCGGCUGACGGACGAGCAGGUGGCCCUGGUGCGGCGGCUGCAGAGCGGCCAGUUUGGGGACGUGAGCUUCGACCCGUAUGAGGUAGGUGGCGGCAGCUCGCCCUGGGUGUCCGGGGCGGCUGCAGGGCCCCGGCCCACACAUCUGUGUCUGUUCCUCCAGCCUGCCGUGGACUUCUUCAGCGGGGACCUGAUGGUCCACCCAGUGACCAACCGUCCCGCUGACAAGCGCAGCUUCAUCCCGUCCCUGGUGGAGAAGGAGAAGGUGUCUCGCAUGGUGCACGCCAUCAAGAUGGGCUGGAUCCAGCCUCGCCGGCCCCAGGACCCCACGCCCAGCUUCUAUGACCUGUGGGCGCAGGAAGACCCCGACGCCGUGCUGGGCCGGCACAAGAUGCACGUGCCCGCUCCGAAGCUGGCCCUACCCGGCCACGCGGAGUCCUACAACCCGCCUCCAGAGUACCUGCUCAGUGAAGACGAGCGUCUGGCGUGGGAGCAGCAGGAGCCGGGCGAGAGGAGGCUCAACUUCCUGCCAUACAGGUUCCCGAGCCUGCGGGCUGUACCCGCGUACGGCCGCUUCAUCCAGGAACGGUUCGAGCGCUGCCUUGACCUCUACCUGUGCCCACGGCAGCGCAAGAUGAGGGUGAACGUGGACCCAGAAGACCUCAUCCCUAAACUGCCGAGGCCGCGGGACCUGCAGCCUUUCCCCACGUGCCAGGCCCUGGUCUACAGGGGCCACAGCGACCUUGUCCGCUGCCUUAGCGUAUCCCCGGAGGGCCAGUGGCUGGCUUCAGGCUCCGACGAUGGCUCCGUGCGGCUCUGGGAGGUGGCUACCGCCCGCUGCAUGAGGACCGUGCCCGUGGGGGGCGUGGUGAGGAGCAUCGCCUGGAACCCUCACCCUACCCUCUGCCUGGUGGCCGUGGCAGUAGAGGACUCGGUGUUGCUACUGAAUCCGGCCCUGGGGGACCGGCUAGUGGUGGGCGGCACGGACCAGCUGCUGAGCACCUUCGUCCCGCCCCAGGAGCCCGCCGUGCAGCCUGCCAGCUGGCUGGAGGCCUCGGAGGAGGAGCGCCAGAGGGGCCUGCGGCUGCGCGUCUCCCACGGCAAGCCAGUGACGCAGGUGACGUGGCACGGGCGUGGGGACUACAUGGCCGUGGUGCUGGCCGCCGCCGGCCACACACAGGUGCUGAUCCAUCAGCUGAGCCGGCGCCGCAGCCAGAGCCCCUUCCGCCGCAGCCACGGACAGGUGCAGCGGGUGGCCUUCCACCCUGUCCGCCCCUUCCUGCUGGUGGCUUCCCAGCGUGGCGUCCGCCUUUACCACCUGCUGCGCCAGGAGCUCACCAAGAAGCUGAGACCGAACUGCAAAUGGGUGUCCAGCCUGGCGGUGCACCCCGCAGGGGACAACGUCAUCUGUGGCAGCUAUGACAGCAAGCUGGUGUGGUUCGACCUGGACCUUUCCAGCGAGCCGUACAGGGUACUGAGGCACCACAAGAAGGCCCUGAGGGCUGUGGCCUUCCAUGCCCGGUACCCGCUCUUCGCAUCUGGCUCCGACGACGGGAGCAUCAUCGUCUGCCAUGGGAUGGUGUACAAUGAUCUGCUGCAGAACCCACUGCUGGUGCCUGUGAAGGUGCUGCGGGGGCACACGCUGACCCGAGACCUGGGCGUUCUGGACGUGGCCUUCCACCCCACCCAGCCGUGGGUCUUCUCCUCCGGGGCCGACGGCACUGUCCGCCUCUUCACCUAGGCCACCCUGCGUCCCCAGGCGCACGUGUGUUCGGGACCCUUAAUAGAGGUGUUCUCCCUGCUGA